GGCGGGCACCCACCCAUCCCCAUCCCUCGGAUCGCCGCCGCCGCCUCCUCCUCCCCCGCCGCCGCAACCCCCCUCUCCCUAACCCCUCCCCAAACCCUAGCUGCCAUGGAACCUCCCACCUUCUCUCCUGAUCCGACGCCCCCGGACCACCCCUCCCCCUCCCCCGCCAAGCGCUCUGCCUGGAAGCACCCCGCCCCCAACGGCCCCGCCGUCAUGGACGCCAACCACUGGCCCGCGCUCUCCGAGGCCGCCAAGAACACCAACAAGCUCGCGCCCUCCCCCGACUCCACCAGGCCUCCCGAAUCCUCGUCUCCCUCGCCUGCGCCCGUCGCCGCCUCAUCGGCCACGCCCAACUCAUCCAAUUCGCACAAGCACGCCUCGGGGACCCAUCACGGUCGCCACAAGCCGGCCAGGCGCGGUGCCGCCGCCGGGGAGCACUCUCCGCGAGAUCAUCCUGAUCGGUCCACAGGUGGGUGGGACCACGCCACUGGUGCUGCGGGGGGAAGGGGUGCUCAUAGGAACCACAAUAAUGGCGGCGCUAGGAGGGGCAAUGGUACCACCGCUGCUGCUGCUGGCAGCGGCGGCGGUUUUGCAAACAGGCGAAGAGGGGGAUACGAGCCCUUCUACCGUGGCCCUCCUCCAAUGGGCAUGGGCCCAUACAUGCGAGGGGCACCACCCCCUCCUCCGCCGAUGACGGUUCCUCCACCCUUCAUGGGCCCUCCGCCACCCCCAGCCUCACCCAUGCGACCAUUUGCCGGACCAAUGGUCUUCCAUGAUAUGCAAUCCCCAGUGUCUCCUGUAUCCCCGAUAUACUUCUAUGGGCCUCCCCCGCCACCAGAGGCUCUCAGGGGACUGGCUCUUGCACCUCCUAUGGUUGGUCCACCUGCUUACCCUUACUUUCAAGCCCCAUCCGAGCCACAGCCUGAGCCCGAGCCCGAGCCCCAGCCUGACGCGGAAGAGGAACGUACCAAGCUGCUCAACCAGAUAGAGUUCUACUUCAGCAAGGAGAAUUUAUGCUCAGAUGUAUACUUGAGGCAACAGAUGGAUGGGCAUGGCUGGGUUGAUAUAUCUCUUAUAGCUGGCUUUAAAAAGGUCCAAGAGCUGACAAAAGACCUGCAGUAUGUAAAAGAGAUAGUGCAGUCCUCAUCUAUACUUGAAAUGCAGGGUGCCAAAAUUAGGAAGCAAAAUGAUUGGGAAAAAUGGGUGAUCCCUCGUGAGAGCAAUCCUGAUAUACCUUCAAGCUCAGCAUCUGUAGCAAGGCCUAAUGUCAAUAAUCUGACAGCACAUCUUGGAGGCAUGGGUCUGCAUGAAUCUGCUAGCUCAAGUAGCACAGUGGAGCAAAACCAUCAUGAUGUCAUCCAGAACGGAUCACCUUCUGGUAAUGAUGAGGCUCCAGUAACUGAAGACAACUCUGGCCACCACCAGCAGUUGUUAGAAUAAGGCACGGUGGCUCCGAUUCACACCAUGACUGCAGGGAUUUUGUCCAUGCGCGAGUGAUGGCUUACAAGUGAUUUUUUUGCAAUUUUUGGAGGGGUGGUAUGCUUGUGGGCGGCGCACUAGACUAGCAAGUUAAUGCUUUUCUGGCGAUGAGGUAAGAUUUUGCUUUACUUAUUAUUGAGGUGUAGCGUGGAAGAUUUUGGAGCGGCUGGUGAAAAGUUUGAAACAGAAGAUAGGGAAACGAAGGUGGUAUGUGGAGGCAUCAAAGAUGAGGAGGAAAACCAUGAAAGAAAACAAAAACAUGAGAACCGACAGAAUGCUAAGUUGAUCCCCGGGUGGCCCUCUGAUUGCUUGCAUGCUUGUUUUGAUAACCUUGUUUUGUUUAGUGGGGUGGGGGGCUCUUGAAUGCUACUAUGUUGGCCUGAUGGUGAACAAGUUGGUUUUCCUCGGCAGUAGGAUGGAUGAUGUAAAAAAAACCUCCGAUUUUUUAUGGAGGAUCUAAACUUUCUCACUCCGAGAGUCAGGGAGUUUGGCUUGGAUC